AUGGGGUGGUCACAGGGGGGAUUUGAGGGGAUCCAGGGGGAACUGGGGGGAACUGAGGAAUGGUGGCCGGGACACCCAGGCCUGUGCCUGGAAGGCGAGGGGGGAGGACGGAGCUUUGGGGCCUCAGCCCUCCCCUCCUGCUCAGGGGGACCCCAAACCCAGCAGGAUGACCCCAAAACCAGCCCCUCUCGGCUCCCCUUCUCCCCACAGAUCCCGGGAUCCAGGAUGGCCAGUGCCGGGGGGCUCCGGGCCCUGCUGGUCCUGCUCCUGUGGGCCCCAUUCCUGGUGGGAUCAGCAGCGGAUGAAGCCAAGGGUGGCCCGGAGGGAUUCCGGGGACACUCCAGCACUGCCACCAUGGAUGACCUGCUGUCCCGGCUGGGAAAAGCCUCCUGGGAUACCCUGGAGGGCUGGGUGGGACCCCAAGCCCUGCAGAUGGUGGCGGAGAGCCUCUCCACCACCCUCUGGAUCGUUUCCUCUGGAAUCUCAGCAGCCCUGACCACGCUGUGCGGGAUCCUGGCGGAUCUCCUGGCCGCUUCCAGCAUCGGCGGCCACCGGCUGGUGCGAGCGGCCGCGCUGAGCCCCGGGGAAGUCCAGCGGGUUCUCCUGUGGGCUCUGGCCGCCCUGCUGGGAUCCUGGGUGUUAUCCCGGCUCCGGGGGCUGCUGCUCCCGCUGCUCCGGGGGGUGAAGCUUUUCCUCUUCCUCGGAGCCUUCCUCCACGUGGCCGCUUCCAAGGAGAGCCCCACGGUGCAGGCGGGAAUGCUGCUGGCCCUGUGGGUGCUCUACGCCCUCCUGGGGAGCCUGGUGGGAUCCCAGAAUCCCACUGCCCGGCUGGAUGCGGCCGUCAGGAGCCUGGAGUGGAAGGUGGAGGAGCUGCGGCGGCGCCAGAAGUUUGGGGGGCCCCGGAACCGGGAGGAUUGACACCCUCCUCCCACACAUACCCUACCAAAGCACUUCCCAGCUUGGCUCCGGAAUUCCAAGCAUGUCUUCCCCACCCCUGCUGAGCCCCCCCAGUUUUCCCGGGAGCAUCCCUUCCCAGAGCUGGGGGGCCGUGCCUUGCCAAGUGCCACAAGUGCCUUCACCCCCGGGAGGGGGGUCCCCCAAAGUCUCCCCCCGGAGCCCAAAUCCGGGAGAGGAGCUCCCCCAUUCCCUGCUCCACGGGGAUAUUGUGCCAAUCUGGCCCAAAAGGGGAGCUUUGCUUGUUUGGGGGGGGCUGAGAGUCCCCCCCUCCGGGGACCCCCUCACUGUCAAUCCUCGGGGUUUCAGCUGCUUUUUAAACGGUUUUGAUAAAUGGUUUGGAAUAAAGACGGGUUUUUCCGGCCUGGA